AUGACGCUGGAGUCCAUGAUGGCCUGUUGCCUCAGCGACGAGGUGAAAGAGUCGAAGCGCAUCAACGCCGAGAUUGAGAAGCAGCUGCGGAGGGACAAGCGCGACGCCCGCCGGGAGCUCAAGCUGCUCCUGCUCGGCACGGGAGAAAGUGGGAAAAGCACCUUCAUUAAACAGAUGCGGAUAAUCCACGGUUCGGGCUACUCUGAAGAGGAUAAAAAGGGUUUCACCAAGCUGGUGUACCAGAAUAUCUUCACUGCCAUGCAGUCAAUGAUCAGGGCUAUGGAGACCUUAAAGAUCCUAUACAAAUAUGAGCAAAAUAAGGCCAAUGCACUACUGAUCCGAGAAGUGGAUGUAGAAAAGGUUUCGUCCUUUGAACAACCCUAUGUAAGUGCAAUUAAGACAUUGUGGAAUGACCCAGGAAUCCAAGAAUGUUAUGACCGGCGGCGAGAAUACCAGCUCUCUGACUCCGCUAAAUACUACCUUACUGAUGUGGAUCGUAUUGCCACCCCAGGGUACCUCCCAACCCAACAAGACGUCCUGCGGGUCAGAGUCCCAACCACUGGGAUCAUAGAAUACCCCUUUGAUCUCGAGAACAUUAUAUUCAGAAUGGUGGAUGUUGGUGGGCAAAGGUCAGAAAGGAGGAAGUGGAUACACUGCUUUGAAAAUGUAACUUCCAUCAUGUUCUUAGUAGCUCUUAGUGAAUACGACCAAGUCCUGGUGGAAUCCGAUAACGAGAACCGCAUGGAGGAGAGCAAAGCCCUUUUCCGGACCAUCAUCACCUACCCCUGGUUCCAGAACUCCUCCGUCAUCCUCUUUCUCAAUAAGAAAGAUCUCUUGGAAGACAAGAUCAUGUACUCUCACCUGGUGGAUUAUUUUCCAGAGUUUGAUGGCCCCCAGAGAGAUGCGCAAGCAGCCCGGGAAUUCAUCCUCAAAAUGUUUGUGGAUCUCAACCCCGACAGCGAUAAAAUUAUCUACUCUCACUUCACCUGUGCCACAGAUACGGAAAACAUCCGGUUCGUCUUUGCCGCCGUCAAGGACACCAUCCUGCAACUCAACUUGAAGGAAUAUAACCUAGUCUGACCUUGAAUUUAAUCUGUCCUCCCACCCUCCCACCUGCCCCUCCCUUAAUCUCCUUGGGGAGACCUUUUGUCCGGAAGAAAAGUAAGACAAACAGAUCCCAUGAAUUUAAACCAACAGGAAAACAAAUCUUGAUUUUUUUUUUAAAUGAUGUAAUGAUUGCAAAUUGUCUGAUCUGUAGAGGGCAAAAGUUUUUUUGUUUGUUUGGGUUUUUUUUUUUUUUUGUUAUUUUUUAAGCACACCGUUACCUUCGGUCUCGUGUCUGCCCCACAGAAUAGCUGAUUUUUUUUUUUAAUUUGCUUUUAUUUCACAGUAUAAAAACAACGAGGGACACGUUUCACUCUUUUUCUCUCUCUGGCACCUUGUUAAUUUCCUGCUUUUUUGCCAGCAGUCAGGGCAGUUUCCUCUCAGACUUUAUAUGUUGCAUUUAGUAAAUUCUUUUUCCUGUCUGAUCUGGCGAUACAAAUGUACCCCAGAGUUAUCAAGCCAAAAUAAUGAGCUUAUCCAUCUUUGGGAGUAUGAAAUGCAGCUAGGACCUUCAUCUUGUGCCAUAAAAUGCCUCUGGUGUAACUCCUUCCUCGCCCCCUACAUCCUGACUGUAAGGAUAUGUGCGAAAAGGGUUUAUCUAGAUGACACCAUAAGAGGAAAACCCAGUUUAUUUUGCGGUAGUGCAAAACAAGCCGUCCUUCGGUCCUCGCGUUUCUUUGUUCCGUUUUUACUCUGGCUUUUGUGUUCUUUCCCUCUCCCAAUUAUGAAAGUUCUGUUGAGACUGUGAUUUAAUUUUUUUUUAAAUUAUUGUUCUACACAUAGUUUGCUACCUAUGCUAUACUUUUUUUUUUUUUCCGUUGACUACCAACCAAGCAAUAGCUAUCAAGCCUGAGGGAAGUGCCUGAUUGCGUUUUUUUUUUCUGUUUCAUUAUCCUUUUUUUUUUUAUUUUCUAAUUUAGCAUUUAAGGAAAGAAAAAAAGAAGAAGAAGAAAGUAAACUUGCUUCUCACCCAACGUGAGGGGAAAAAAAAUCCCUUUGGUGAAAUCCGAAAUCUCCACCAGAUUUUGGUUUUGGAAGGAAGAUUUGAGAUUUUUUACUCGUUACCUUGGAUCUUUUGUGCAUGUGCGUGCGUGCGUGCGUGUGUGUGUAUUUUGCAAAAAAAUCACCCUUCCUGACCCAGUGUUUGGGUGGGGUUAGGGUUAAGAUGGCGUCUGCAUUCUAAAUCAAGCUGAAGCAGCCCUUUUUGCCUUUUUAGUCCUAAAAAGUAUUGGAAAGGUCUCUUGGCAUGGUUGCAGCCAAAUAGGGGGUGAAUGACGUUGCCAAGGCUGGUGUGAUUGGCAGCUGCUGCCAUCCAUCUUCCCAUCUCUCGGCCCUGUUCGGUUGGAAACCGUCUCCUUCUGGCGGUGCCCGUGAGCACGCAGGAAAGGGGCCCGUGGAAUAGAGGUGGUCCAGGUGUAGUUUUGAAGUGGACCAGGUGAGAAGGGGUCCAUUUCUGGACGGCUCGGUGCCAAAUGCGUCCCCUGCUCAAAGCCAGUGCCAAACCCCAAACUUUGCUGGCCUUUUUUGCAAGGCAGAUCGCCACAGGACCCAACUAGGGAAUCUAGAGAAUUAGAUGCUGCCUCCUCUCCCCCCCCCCUCCUCUGGAGAUCCCGCGUAGCAGCAACAAUAUAAGUCUCACAACUGCCAACGCUCACAUUUACAGAUGCCGUGAGAAUCGGCCUUUUUUCUCAAACGGGGACCGAUCCCUGUAACCUGGGGAGGAAAAGGACGGGAGCGUCGAAUGUGCUGCUUUUUCUUUUCCUCCAUCCCCCACGUUGCGACGGGCAACACUAGUGGACUUCCUCGCACGAGAUGUAACGAAGGGUUUUAGGGGAACGUGUUUUGCUUCGACACACACACAAAAAACAAACACUAAUUUCACACAGCCGUUUGCAGCAUUCCGGCGUGGAGGGAAGGGCGGGAGAGGUUUCUGCCUUUGGAUUUCUGGGAUUGCCCCUUCAUUGUGGAACACUACAGAAAGAAGCCGGGGCAGGGAGAACUACGGUUUUUUGGGGUGGGGUGGGGGAGUCCCUCUUGCUUACCAUCGGCGCUGUACCGACAACACACCGUGAAUGAGAAAUUGUGAAAAUUCUGGGAGAAAGUAACUUACAAGUUACUGCAGAUUAACUACACAAAAGGGCUUGUUGGGUUGAUCGGGGUGGGGUGGGCGUGGAGAAGGGAGCUAUUUUUCAACCUCACCAACAUUCCUGACUUUUUUUGUUAAUUGUUUUGAUCUAAAUGUAUCUGGGGGGGGGGGUUGUGUUUUGGGGAGAGGGGCAAACGGAGUCCCCCGAUUGACUGAGGAAUAGCUACACGUCGAAUUUGUCUUCUCGCCCAAAGACCCAGACUUUUUCUUUCUACAAGGAGGACUCUGUCCUUUGCAAAGGUGCCAUGACUUAACUCUCGAAGCCCCUCGCCGGAAGUGUUUCCUUGGAUGGAGUGAGCCCCCUACCUCUCCAGCGGGCUUCGCCGCAGCCUUUGGACCUGGAACUUGGAUUGGGAGCGCUUGGCCCACCUCUCUCUCUCUCGCGCGCGUGCGCGUUGGGCCUUCAUCCCGGACUGCAGUGCCUGCCCAGCGGGCCCUUAGCCCCACGCAGGUUGCGAGCAGCCGGGGGGCUGCGUGGAGAAGGGUGAGGGGCCUCUCCUGUUCUCGUGAAGCCGCACUACGUGGACCAGCUGUCGGGAGGGACGUCCCGCCCCAAUUUCUGCUCGUGAGUGUGCCAACCUCCCUCGCUCACCGACGCCUUCCUUCCCCUUCAUUUGGGCUGAUGGGAACUGGUCGAGGUUCCGGAUGAUUCCAAAAGGAAGAUGCCUUGAGUCCUCGACAUCGGGCCUUCCGCCUGGUGGAGGCAGCCAAAGUUAAGACGGAGGAAGCAUCUGUCUGACCAUGUUCUGUUCACGGUGCACUUUAUAUGAAAAAAAAAAAAAACAAAAAAAAUUCCUACUGAAGACGCACUAAUCGCACAUUCAUCGGCCUGUAGGCGGAAGGAGGAUUGCCAAAAAACAACAAAAACCAACACCAUUCCAUUUCCUUUGGGGGACUUUUGCAACGGUGGGCCCCUUGACCGGCAGCUGCCCCCUCCCCCGAGCCCGGUCUCCCCUCGAGAUCGAAUUUUCCACCUGCUUUUUCCACCUUCUAUCGUGGUUCCCCCCCCUCACUUAAAACACAUCGCUACUUUGGGGAGGGCCUGUGUGCUGGCCGUAGGAUCCCGCUUGACCCGGAAAGGAAAGCCGAGUUCGCCAUCUGAGGUCCCAAGUCUGUAAUUUCAGUACUCUUUCUCUCUCUGUGUGUGUAUACGUUGUAUACUUUUUUUAUUUUUAUUUUUUUAAAAAGCAUUACAUGGUUUUUGUGCCAAUACCCGCCAUCCUUUUCUUUAGUACCAGAGACUCUUUUUACAAGUACCAGUGUGGUGAAAAAUUAUUUGGUUAUACUAGUAUAUUAUAAUAAAGAGAACCUGAUUUAAAAAAAAAAAAUAACAUUUAAACAUCCUAUUUAAAAAGAAAACAAACUAUUAUAUAUAUAUAUAAAUAUAUAUAUAAAAAAACGCUGUUUUUAAAACCUUUUUUUGUCAUUUUGAACUUGCAUGUGGUGUUAACACGUGGGGGCAGGGUGGGCAAAGGAGGGGAUUUUGAAUUUUUGUGGCCCGGGAUUGGUAUUCCCCCCCCCCCAACCGGUGUUCCUGUCUCGCUCUCCCAACGGUAGCGAGGAGGCAAGAGAUUGGGCUUCUCGGAGCACUUGAAUUCGUUCAUCUGCUGGGUGCUGACCCUCCUUUUAGAAGUACCGGAUGGAAAAUUGAUUUUCAUAGCUUUCUCCUGAAUAAAUUGUUUGAAAUUGGAAUAAAAUUCAUUCCUUACAAAAA